AUGUUUCUGACGGGCUGUCUCGCGUUCGUGGUGUCGUACACACUCGUUCUACCUGGUGUCUCUGCUAGUCCGUUCAUAGUUCCUCAAGCCCGCGACGACAAUGAUGGGGUACAUCUUGCUGUCAGCCCGAAAUGUGGUCCUUUGGGAGGGACGCUCGCGGACGUUAACGCGGGAAUAGACUUGUCUCAGAUCAAAACCAUCGUCUCCUUUGGUGAUUCCUAUACUGACGGCGGCAAGCACGAUGGCUCCCCGCUGGACCCGCCUGUUCUCAUUUAUCCUAGUGCCUUUGCCGGUGGAAGAUCGACAGACGGACCAAUUUGGAUAGAGUGUGUCGCAGAUGAUAUAGGCGCUACGUUCAUGGACUAUGCGAUAUCCAGUGCGGUAGUUAACGUAUCCUUGUGGCCUGACAACCCCUACCCUCGAGACUUUCUUCAGCAGGGUAUGAACGCUUAUGCGCCGUUCCUCGCAGUGUCGCUUUUCUCGAGCCAGGAUAACGACCUUGACUCGAACACUACACUGUACACCGUCUUUUUCGGGAUCAAUGACUGGUUAGAUUCGUUCAUUGACGGCGAUCACCUCCCCGAAGCUGCUCAAGAUCUCCUCAACCAGAUCGCCAUACUCUCUGGCCCACCCACCAACGGCCGUAACUUCCUCAUCACGGACGACUACGGCCGCGGGACCCACGAGGCCUCCGGAGACGCAUGGAAACAACAGAUCUUCGACGGAAUUUCUGCCUUUCACUCCAACACCUCUGUCGGUGGCGCGAAUGUCCCUGCGCCACUCAACGUCGCGUUCGCUGACUUCGCCACGAUAUGGGAUGGUGUCUUAGGCCCGGACCCGGGGUAUGAGGCGUUUGGGUAUACGAGUACGGGGUAUUGCGUGUUCAACGGGAGUACGACGUAUGAUCUUUGUUCAGACCCGCCACACACUUUCUAUUGGUUUGAUGGGUUUGUGAUCCUUCGGAACUUCAUUUCGUGA